GUUUUAAAAUUUCGUUAACUACUUCUGGUGACAUUGUUAACAACCGUAUCGUCACGUAGGCUACAGAACUGAAUGCAGUUUGUGCAUUUAAAAAGAUAUCGCUUUACAACGAAGGGCAUACUUCACAUAACUCGUUCUGUCAACCAAGACUGUUCUCUGCGCUGGUACAAACCACAAGCGCCCGUUUUGCGAAAAUGAAGUCAUUUAACACAAGGGCUUUGAAAUAGCACGUGUUCGUUUUCUUCUUCUUCCACGCUAACCUAAUAGCACAGUUGCACACGGGGAUUAAAUCACGUAAUUCUCACAUGGGUUACAUUCCAAAUCCCUCUUCAUUACCGGCCGAGACGUCGUUUUUCCGUAUUUUGUGUUCUCGUGCCUGGGAGGGGUUAGUAAUGUGUGGUGGGCGGGCCAGAGCGGUGUGCCGUUCGUCUUGUUGUGUUUUCGGGUACUCGCUUCGCCAUCUUGUUGCAAUCCCUCUACGUGUGUAGAAGGCUCCUCGCGACAGGGGAUCCGGAUACUUUCCCCCUCUACGUUUCAGGAGACCAAGAUAAAGGGGUCCCGUCAGAUAGAACUAACUUAAAAUACACACAAACAACAGAUACCCUCUGCAACAUAUCAACGUUAUUAACUCGCGACCGACUUCUGCUAUCCCGGGAAGAGAUGAGCAUCGACACGCUUUUGGAAGCAGCCAGGUUUUUGGAAUGGCAAACCCAACAACAGAUAACACGUGAGGAGAGCCAGCGGCGGGAGAAGGUUCUCCAGGAGCGGGAGGUGGAGCAGAGGAGGGAGGCGGCGACGUUGGCGCAUCCUGUGCGAGUGAACCAUGUGACCUGGGGGGAGGAGUCUCCCAUGGAGCACCAGCUGACCCCGGUCCCGCCCCCUCCGCUCCCUCCCCCCGUGCCCAUCACCGUCAUUCCCAUCCCCGUGGUGCCGGGUAGCCCCCCCGCCUUGGCCCCGCCCACCGCUGCGCUGUCCCCGCCCACUGCGCCUCGCCUCAGCCCCGCCUCCCCGCCGCAGCACCAGCGCCCCCUGCUGGCCCAGGUGAAGCUGGAGCCGGGCUCCCCGCCCCACUCCGGCAGUCCCAGCAUGCAAAUGCAACCGCAGUCACAACUGCAACCACCGCAACACCAACCCCCGCAGCUGCACCAACCCCCGCAGCUGCACCAACCCCCGCAGCUGCACCAACCCCCGCAGCUGCACCAACCGCAGCAGCAGCAGCAGCAGCCUCCGCCCCUGCAGCCCUACCCGGGAACCAUCGUCUCCACCUCCCAGCAUGCCCUGCCCCCGCAGCCGGCCCUGCUCCAGGCCCCGCCCCCACAGCCCACUCGCCCCGCCUCCCUAGAGGACGCCCGCCACCUGGACAGCAAGAGGAGGCCUGGCGGGGCAGGGACACGAGAGGUGCACAACAAACUGGAGAAAAACAGACGUGCGCACCUGAAGGAGUGCUUUGAGACGCUGAAGAGGAACAUUCCCCACGUGGACGAGAAGAAGACCUCGAACCUGAGCGUGCUCCGGAGCGCCCUGCGCUACAUACAGACGCUGAAGAGGAAGGAGAAGGAGUACGAGCACGAGAUGGAGCGCCUGGCGCGGGAGAAGAUCGCCACGCAGCAGCGAUUGGCCGAGCUGAAGAACGAGCUCAGCCAAUGGAUGGACGUGAUGGAGAUCGACCGCGUCCUGCGGCAGACGGUGCAGCCCGAGGACGACCAGGCAUCCACCUCCACGGCCUCGGAGGGUGAAGAUAACUUUGACCAGGAUGUGGAUGAUGACCUGCUACCCGCCACGCCCGCUGCUCUCCCAAAAGUGCCUCAAUCGCUGCAGCCCGAGAUCCGCCAGGCCCCGCCCCAGGCCGCACCCCUGGCCCCGCCCCUGGCCGCGCCCAUGGCCACGCCCGUCAUCCUCCCCCAGCACCUCCCCAUCCAGCACAAGCCCCUCCCGGCGCCCUCUCUGGCCCCGCCCCCCCAGGGCCCAGGCCACGCCUCCACGCUCCCGGCCAUGCUCCCGGCGCACUCGCGCAUCGCCACGGCGACGGCGCUGCAGCCCACGGUCAUCGCCCACGCCGCGCCCGUCUCCCACGCGUCCGUCAUCCAGGCCGUCAAUCACGUGAUGCAGGCGGCGCCCAAGCACGUGGCCCACAUCGCCCCCCACCAGGGCCCCGCCCCCGGCUCCGCCCCCUCCGUGGCCGUCUCCGCCCCCUCCAACGGGCCGCAGCCCAUUGGCCACAUCACGGUGCACCCCGUGGCCCAUCUCCCCGCCCUCUACUCCCAGCCCGUGGCCGUCACCCAGUCGGCGGUGGUGGGCCACAUCGCCCACACGCUAAGCCACACCCACGCGCAGGUCAACGGCUCCGCCCCCGGGCCUCAGGUGGGGGCGCAGAUGGUAGCCCAUCACCCGCAGCUGGUGGGACAGACCGUCCUCAACCCCGUAACCAUGGUUACCAUGCCCUCCUUCCCCGUCAGCACCCUCAAGCUGGCCUGAGGGGUUGGUGGGGGGGGGGGGUCUGGAGACUGAGGAGGGGGGAGGCGCUGGUCACUAAAAAGUAACAGGUGGGGGCUGAGAGAGACACAUAUACAGACACACCUGCUGACAAUAGAACAUCAAAAUCCAGAUAAAACAAAAACAUUUUCAAAGACCGCAUUAAGAAAAUAAGCAUUAUAACUGUAAAAAAAACUCCGUACAUUCCCAAGAAACCUGAUUUUAUUUAAUUUUUUAUU